ACAUUUAUCCCAUGUCUGGAAUAACAAAAUUCUAUACAAUUUUAUAAAAUUUAUUUAUAAAUUUAAAUUUUUUGUGUUUAGUAAGAAAAAAAAUUAGAUAAUUAAAUGUUAUGAAAUUGAAUAUAAAUAAAUUGAAUUCUACUAAAAAAUUAUAAUUCAUGGAGGAUAUUUUUGACAUUCCGGCACCCAGAUCUAUUCUAUAAAUCGCGUCGGCUACGUCUUCUGAAUUUGUUCUUCUGCUGCAACAACAAUUUUCUUCUCUAUACCAAAUCUGUCCUUUGAGAAACGGAGAAAAUGCCUCUCAAGUUGGUGGAUGCGACUGUAUCAAACUUUGACAGUGUCUUUGAGAUGUUCAGAUCGGAAGCACCCAAGAACAAGGCCAAUUUAAUCCUCUUCUUGGCUGAUAAAGACCCAUCUACCAAUCUCAGUUGGUGCCCUGACUGUGUGCGAGCUGAACCUGUAAUAUACAAGAAGCUGGAAGCAUCAUCAGAUGACAUUGCCCUUCUGCGAGCUUAUGUCGGAGAUAGACCAACAUGGAGGAAUCCCCAGCAUCCAUGGAGAGUCGACUCCAGGUUCAAGCUGACUGGAGUUCCAACAUUAGUCAGCUGGGAGAAUGAUGUGAUCAAAGGUCGCCUUGAGGAUCAUGAAGCUCACCUUGAACACAAAAUUGAUGCCCUUGUUUCUGGGGAAUAAGUCCGUUUUUUCUCCUCCAUUAGACGGUUGAGAUAUUAAUAAUGUUUGAUAACGUUGAACUUGGAACUUUGAGGAUCUAUACCAUGUUAAUGAUACGGUACUGCUAAUAGAAAUUAUUUGCUCCAACUGAGAAAUCCAA